CUAACUCACAUAAUUUUUAUGUAUUCUUUCCACACAACACCACCGAAUCUCUCCCAAAUGUCGACAUUUUCCCCCCUUUUGAUCACAUUCUUCAGAGUCGUCUUCAUUACAAAUUGUGCACAAUAUACGAUACACUUGCGUCACCAUCUUAACAACUCCUUGAUUCGACACGAACCUACGACGUUUUGGGAUCCGUAGCUCCGUUUUGGUUUCAAUAAAACCCCAUGUCAGUUCUUGAGGAACUCAUGCCUUUGAUUUAUUCAGAGGGUUUGAAAACAAAGAUUGAGACUUUACCAGGUUCAUUUCUCAGGAACCUUUCUGAAUCCAUGUCAAGUGACAGUUGCAACGACUCGCCAGAUUUAGAAUCAUGUCGGGACGAAAAGGCUGCUCUCAUCCUCAAAUUUGUGGCUAUUGCCGCAAUCCUUAUCGCCGGCAUUAUCGGAGUCGCCAUUCCAUUAAUUGGCAAGAAGCGGCGGUUUCUUAGAACCGACACCAAUGUCUUUUUUGCCGCUAAGGCCUUUGCUGCCGGAGUGAUUCUAGCCACAGGAUUCGUCCACAUGCUACCAGACGCCACGUCAGCACUAUCCAACCCGUGUCUUCCUAAAAACCCGUGGUCCAAAUUUCCCUUUUCAGGGUUUAUUGCAAUGAUGGCUGCUUUAGGCACAUUGCUUGUAGAUUUUCUUAGCACUCAGUAUUAUGAACGGAAACACGAGAAGCAGAUCCAAGCCGUCAGAGUUGACUCGGUUGACUUGGCUUCAGAGGCCGGGAUUGUCCCGGUCCCAGUGGCUGGUAAAGAGGAAGGCAGUGGAAUUCAUAUUGUCGGAAUGCAUGCUCAUGCUGCACAACAUAGACAUAAUCAUGCAAGCGGGCAAGAGGGAUGUGAAGGGAACGUGAGUGAGCGUUUGGAUGAUUACUCCCAUACCCAUUCCCAUUCCCAUUCCCAUUCCCAUUCACAUUCACAUUCCCAUGGGUUUGGUGAUGAUGAAGAUGAAAGCGGCAUACGACAUGUUGUGGUUUCUCAGGUUUUGGAACUUGGAAUCAUAUCACACUCGAUAAUAAUCGGGCUUUCGCUCGGAGUGUCACAAAGCCCAUGUACAAUCAGACCUUUGUUAGGCGCGCUAUCUUUCCAUCAAUUCUUUGAAGGUUUUGCGCUCGGUGGCUGCAUCUCACAGGCCAAAUUCGGGAACCUUCAUUCCACCGUAAUGGCGUGCUUUUUCGCAGUAACGGCUCCUUUAGGCGUGGGCAUCGGGACGGGUAUAUCGAAGUUUUAUAACCCAAACAGCCCGCGGGCUUUAGUUGUUGAAGGAAUAUUGGAUUCGAUAUCUGCAGGGAUAUUGGUAUAUAUGGCUUUGGUGGAUUUGAUUGCAGCAGAUUUUUUGAGUAAGAGGAUGAGAUGUAAUACUAGGUUGCAAGUGGUCUCUUAUAUUGCUCUAUUUCUUGGAGCUGGAUUAAUGGCUUCUCUUGCAGCUUGGGCUUAGUUUUAUUUUUGUUUUUAAUAUUUUUUUUCUUUUUUUUUUAAAGCCAGAAAUGAGAUCAAACAUCGUAUACAACGAAGUUAAUGUUUGGUA